AUGUUCUUCCCAUCCGCGGCGCUUCUUGCGUCGAUGAUACUCGCAAUAUCAGCAACAGCCCGAUUUGUCAUGUACGCAGACGAAUGGCACCCAACGCGUCCAGACAACCCACGAGAUCGAGCUGGCAUCGACCAUGUCAUCCUCGCCUUUGCCCCAGCCAACGCAACAGCUACGUUCCAGCCGAAAGUCCCCGUACACACCAUCCGCACCGAAUUCCCCAACGCAAAGGUCAUGAUUGCUGUCGGCGGCUGGGGCGAUACGGCUGGUUUCUGUCAAGCCACGAAGUCAGACGCAUCGAUGCUCGCGUUUGCCGCUGAUAUUGCCACUAUGCUUGCCAGGACUGGAGCGGAUGGAGUCGAAGACAUCGAUUGGGAAUAUCCUGGCGGCAACGGGGCGGACUACAAACAAGUGACGAACGGGGAUCAGGCUUACCAGAUCGCCGCGUUUCCCAAAUUACUAGCUGCCGUCCGUGCCGCUAUUGGGAAGAAGCUGCUUUCGAUCGCUGUCCCAGGAAAGGAAGGCCAGUCAUCAUACACAUGUUUGAGCUCCGUCACCGACGCCGAAAACAGCAUAAAGGACUACCUCGCCAUGGGCGCACCCCCCUCCAAGCUCAACCUCGGGUUCGCAUACUACGCAAAAUACUUCACCACUCAAGGAAACUGCAGUGCCAGCCCACUCAACUGCCCCAUCGCCCUCGCGGAGGAUGCCCGGGGCAAAGACACACUCACCUCUGGCGCCUGGACCUUUGAGAGAUCUCGCAUGCGUCCCGUCGAUGCCUCCUCUCUGACCGUAUCCCGAGACGGCACCUGCGGUCCAGAAAAGGGAACCAAGUGUGAGAUAGGCUGUUGUUCUCAACACGGCCACUGCGGUACUUCGCCUGAACACUGCAACGGCGCCUGUCAACACGCGUUUGGAUCUGGAUGUACGGACGCCGAUGUAGCAGCUUCAUGGCAGCUCGCAGCCAAACACGGUGUUACUGACGAGGUCGCUGGCGGACAAUACUACUUCGAUGCCACAAACCGCCUCUUCUGGACAUGGGAUACGCCCGAACUCAUCACGAGGAAAUUCGACAACAUCGUCCGCAAGUACAAGCUCGGUGGCGUCAUGGCGUGGAGUCUAGGUGAAGACAGCGCGGACUGGAGUCAUAUUCGACAGAUGGCGAAGGAAGUUGCCAAAGUUGGACUCGGUUUAGCGACUGCCAGCGACUCCAACAUGCCAGUCGAUGGCUACAUGUACGACGAGAUCACUCAUUAUUGCUGUCAAAACAUUUCCCAUCCAGCGAAUACCGUGACCUACCCACCAGCAUUCAUAGUUCCAAUCUCUUGGCAUACUAUUAAGCCCAUGUUGAACGACGACGACCUUGUUGAGAUGCAAGACACCUCAGACGCCCUCCAAGCGAUGCCAACGGAGCCCAGCCCAACCGCACUCAAGAUCCCGUCGCCAGGUUACCGUGUCUUUUUGGAAUGCAUGGGUGACGAUGGCUGGCUGAUAAGCUGUCCGGAAUGGGUCACCUCGAAGAAUGCUUGGGUGAGCAUGGUGGCCUAA